ACAGCACAGCACAGCACAGCACACACAAACACACAGCACAGCACACACACAAACACAUAGCACAGCAUAGCAUAGCACAGUACACACACACAGCGCAGUACAUGGGGCUCCUUAUCAUAAGGUAAUCAGCACCACCUUGCAGUAUAAUAAUAUAAAGAUAGCGCUUGCCUCUAUCCCUCUCUCACUGUUUGUUUGAGCGCACCACGGCUGUUGUCCUGUCCCUUCUCCUCUCUCUCUCCUCUCUGCAAACAUGAAGACUAUCGAUCAGCGGGUGAUUGCCCUCAGCUUGCUGUUGACCCUCUUCUGUGCCAUACAGGUGAGGUGUGCCCCGGUGGGCGAUGCUGCUGCUGCUGCUGCUGCUGGUGCAGCUGAUGCUGAUGUGUGGGCGGGGGGGCUGCUUCACCGGGCCAAGCGCUCGCUGCUGUGGCGCUGGAACAUGCUCAAGCCCCUGGGGGCCAGCUGCCGGGAGCACGCAGAGUGCGGCACAAAGUACUGCAGGAGGCAUGUCUGUACAUUCCGUAGCUACUCCUCUUAAAGAUGCGGAUACGGUAUCUCGGCAACCCUGGUUCAGGAAGGAGCAUGUCAAGAAUGACUGUGAACCACAUCGCUAUUUAAAAAAAAAAAAAAAUCCCCCACAGUCACAACACCAACAGGAUCAGAGAGGAACGCUCCAAUCCGAGAGGAUAUACCAAGACAAGGACCCUAACCCCCCUCCCUGUUCUGUUAUGGAAUCUCCCUUAACGCUUCCCAUGAGGUUGUCACGCUAAAACAUUGUAAGCAGCGGCCUACAUGUACAUGGAGCUUCCUGACCUGGACCAAAGCAGUAAAAAAAACCUUAAAAAACAAACAAUCAAUGUCCGUCAGUAUACAUUGCUGUUUCCAAAAUAAUCUGUGACCUCCCCUCUGGCCAGACAGGAGCGAGGAUAGUGUGCUGGGCUGGGCUGUGUCAAGCCAUUAGUGACAGCAAGAAGUCAUGUAAGGUACUGUACUGCACAUGGGGCCUGGUUUAUACUGGCUAAAGGCCCUGUCUGUGGGGACCCACUAGUUUGAUGCCCUCUCGGUACUUACGUGGUAUGUCACAUGGUAAUCAAACAUUUCAAACAAGUGAUUUAAGGUUAGGGUUAGGUUUAGGGUUAAGGUUAGGGUUAAUGUUAGGGUUAGGGUUAGGUUUAGGGUUAAGGUUAGGGUUAGGGUUAGGUUUAGGGUUAGGGUCGUAUGACGUAAGCGGUAAGUACCGAAAGGGCGUCGAAUUAGUGAGUCCCCUGUCUGUGACCUUAAAGCAGGGGUGGGGAACCCAUGUCUUGAGGGCCGUUUUAUCUGGUCCCCGAUAGAAUUUUAAUAUUAUGCAGCGUCACAUGAAAUAUGACAUAUUUUGUAAAGGAAUCUCAGAAAUUACACUUGCAAUACAAUUAAGUUAUAUUCAGGGUACCUAGAGAAGGUGGGGUCUGUUUUUAAGGUGGCUGCCCUCAAUAUAGACGUAAAGUGCAGGGGGAAAUCCUAGUUUGUGAUCAUAGAACGGCCCCGAAGGAUCUGGAAGAAUCUGAAGUGGCCCCUCGAAUGAGAAAGCUUCCCCACCCCUGCCUUAAAGGGCCACUGUGUAAGAUUUCCAUUCCUUUCUUCAAACCUGAGAUGUGACAAUCAGGGCUUGACACUGGCACCUGCCAACUGGCCAAAUGCUGGUAAAACUUGCUGCGGCUAGUAAUACCCUCAGUGUCACUAGCCAAUUUCGCUGGCAGCUUAUUCCUUGGUAUGACAUGCGAAUCAUAGUACCCUAUUCUGCCCGUAUGAAUUGUUUGUAUUUAAGUUCAAGAAAAUCUCAGUAACUCAGUUUCUAUUUGCUUGAUAUAUUUCCAUGUAGAAAGCUAAACCCUCAUCUUGCUUCUGAGGUUAGACAUACACUAUCAUGAUAAAGAAAAAACUAUAUAAAAGGUGUGGCUAGUGGAACACCUGAAUGGCUAGUGACUCGGGAAAACCACUAGCCAUAGAAGCCGGUGGGUGAAAAGGUUAAUGCCGAGCCCUGGUGACAAUACAAUAUGAGGAAAAUGUCAUGCUAUAGUGGUGGGUGAUAAGGACAACUUCAGAACCAUACAUGACAUUAAUUAGGUAACAAACUUCAAGAUGGUGCAUGAAUAUUAUGAAGCUUUGCUCCUAACGUAAUAUUUAAAGCCUAGGGGAAUACUUGAAGGAACAAUUUAAGUUGAUGGAAAAUAUUCAGGUAAGAGGACAAUUAUGUGUAGGGAUAACACUUGCUGAUAUUGAACAUCUAAAAGAUGUUACACGCUGGACCUUUAAAAAGCUGUGAAAACACUCAUCCAAGCCAAUUUAUAUGGCGAAGUGUUUAUGCCUUUAUGUUGUAUGAAAUAAGGAAUGUACCACUGUCAACCAAGUGUACCUGAAAUACUGUAUGUUGUAGUGUUAUCUUAAAACAUGGCCUUUUUGCCAGGACAUGUGCUAAAUACACCUCAUAUGCAUUCAAAAAGAAUUCAACAAACAAUUUGUUUCAUGGAAAGAAUUUAUUGACCAUAUGUGAUGCAUUUCCUGUUAUUUAUUUGUAAAUAUGCGAUAUGGGUAGGUGAUGUACAUAGAGUUGUAUUUUCUUUACGGACAGUUAUGUUUUUGUUUAGUUUGUUUCUCUUUUUUUAAGACAAAAGCUAAGAAAACCUCAUUUGACACAGUGCAAUAAAAAUCAUUCUCAAAAUGAAAAACAAUUGACAUAACUUGUGGGUUGACAUAAAAGUAAACAUUCUUGGCAACCAGAAAAAAAA